AUGUGUCGGCAGGCCGGCCGCAUCCGCCAGUUCGGCGCCCCAGCGCAGGAUCGCCGACCCGGCGCCGAGACGCUGUCGGUCGGGAGCCGCCGCAAGGAUGUUGAGGUCUGCUUAGUCAGCAAAAUACAUCUUUGUCAGCCUCUCCCCAGCUCUGCCUACUCACAAACAUGGGCUGCCCCCCGGACCACCGCUGCCCGUUUCCGGUGCAGGCCGCCGAUGAAGCCGUUGAACACGUCCAGGUCGGCACCCUGGCCCAGCAUCUCCUCUGUGAACACGACCGGCUUGGUCCACUCUUCCUCUGUCCGCUCGCGGUGGUACACGACGUAUUUGCCAAACGCCACGAUCUCAUACCCCUCCUCCUCGGCUUCGUCCUUGUGGUCGCGCAGCAUCUCGGCCACCACCACCGGCACCUCCCGGCCCGUUCCCGGCGCCGCCUCGUCAAAGAUGCUGCCCGCAAACUUGGCCACCACGUCCGCCGUCGGCACGCCCGCGGGCGGAUACAUGGCUGGUGACAUGGGGUCCGGCCCAAACGCUGCAAAGUACACCUGCGUGAUCGCGUCAAUGUCCGCGGCCACGGCCUGCCGCACGCGCAGCUGA